AACGAACACAGUCCAUCGGUCAGAGAAACUGUGAAACGAGGUAUAGUUUUAGAACGACUGUGUCAGUGAUUGAACGACACUACUGUACUGUGAGUGAAACAAAAAAAGUCGUCUGUACUACCAGAAGAUUGGAGGAGAUUGGGCCGGCUGGUUUACCACUGAUAUAUGACAAAAUGGCCGAUGAAGAGGAGAUUUCAAUGAAAGAUAUACCAGUUGUUGUCCCUGCAGAUACUAGGUUGCAGACUCCACUACGUUCCUAUAAAAGAGAACCUGUUUCUCCUGAUAAACAGGAUAAAUCCAAACGUGGAACUGUGAUAGCAUUGGCGGUGAUGGGUGUAGUGAUAUUUAUUCUGCUGGUAGCUCUCAUUGUAGUAGUGGCAUUCUCUUUAGUACUGUAUAUGGACUCAAAACAAGCACCAGUUGAAGUUCCAACACCAACAACUGACUUUUUAACAACGCCAGGAUCAGCAGGAUAUGCGACGAAACAAACAAUAUCAGAAACAGAAACAAUAUCCACAACACAACAAUCAACAACUAGUCGAUUAGUCCCAGAUAUAUCAAUUGGAGAACCAGUUCCAAUAUUAGUACCAGCUGGAAGUUUUCAAUAUUUCACUGACAAUCUAGACGAGACUUCAGAUGUUACAUUUUCACUAAGGGAUACCGGAAGUGACGUCAUUGUCGCGGUGUACGGUCGACGAGAUUUGGCUCCCACGCAUGUGCAGUACGACGUUGUGGAGACAUUGAUAUCGAAAAGUAGACCAAGUACAUGGAAACGCGAGACCAGUGACGCCACUACUCAAAUCUCGUUCUAUAAUUUAACCCCCGGUAAAUGGGUGUUUGGUAUAUUCAAUGGCGCUGACGAGGAUUUAGAAUCGGUUAUAGUAAUGGAACAAUCAGAUAGUCAGUUACCGUGUCCAAUGGAUUGUCUAGGUCGUGGGGAUUGUAUUAGCGGUGUGUGUCGAUGCGUAGAUGGGUGGAGAGGAGACGAUUGCUCAGAAGCGGAGCCAAUUAUCUGUUCACCCGAAGACUGUAGUGGGCAUGGUUAUUUUAGAGAUGGCGCAUGUCAGUGUUAUGAUGGUUGGACAGGAGACAAAUGUCAAAUUGCUGACUGUAUACCGAGUGAUUGCAGUAACCAUGGAGACUGUGUUGAAGCUGUAUGUGAAUGUUACCAGGGAUGGACAGGGCCGGCAUGCGGUAAACUUGACUGUAUACCGCCAAACUGUAACAGUAAUGGUAAUUGUGUGGAUGGGGUGUGUAGAUGCUAUCAAGGAUGGCAGGGAAGUGUCUGCACAACAGCUUACAGGGCAUGUCCACAAGACUGUUCCGGGCACGGAAGUUGCGACAAUGUCACUGGUAUAUGUAGUUGCUAUGGAAACUGGGAAGGAACCGACUGUUCAGAACUCUCUUGUGAAGAUUAUUGUUCCGGUCUUGGUAUUUGUAACAAUGGUACAUGUGAAUGCUUUAGUGGAUGGACUGGACCAGUGUGUAUAGAUCGUGAUUGUGUAAAGGCUUGUGACCACGGUGUAUGUCGUAAUGGAACAUGUGACUGUGCCAUGGGGUGGACUGGAGACACGUGUCAUAUUGAUGCGUGCCAUAGCGAUUGUGGUGGUAAAGGUGACUGUAUAAUGGUUGAUGGCGUAUGGAAAUGUCGUUGCUAUGACGACUAUAAAGGAGAGUUCUGCAGUAUUGGUAUUGAAACGUCAUGUGAUGACGAAAUAGACAACGAUAAAGAUACCCUGAUUGACUGUGACGAUCCUGACUGCUGUAAUACUACUAUAUGCAUACAUGACAUGUCUUGUAUGCAUGCACCGUCCCCAGAAGAUUUCGUUACACUCAAUGUCAGUGCUACUCAAGAUUUCUACGAUCAGGUGGAUUUCUUGUUCCUGGAUAGUGGAAUACAGUUAGAUGCUGACGUUGAUGUUUUCAGCGCAGAUCGUAUUAGUGUACUUCGUGGGUCUGUAACAAGUCGAGAUACAAGUCCCCUGCAAGGUGUAACAGUAUCGGUGCAGGGCGCGCCACAGUUUGGUUACACCACGACUCGGAUUGAUGGCGGAUACGAGCUUGCUGUAAAUGGUGGUGGUGUUUUGACCUUGAAUUAUUACCGCAACAACUUCAUCGGUUCCCAGCGUAGCAUUCAGUCAGGUGUCAAUCAAUACGUCAUAGUAGACCCGGUGGUGCUAUUGCCAGUAGAUCAAAAGGUUACUGUAGUAGAUCUGGAAUCUGAUGAGAUUCAGGUAGCAGAAGGUAGUGAAGUAGAAGACGAUGCUGGUAAACGAAAAGGUGUCAUUAUGUUUCAUCCUGGCACUGAAGCAACCAUUGUAUCCAAUAAUGGUACAGACAAUGAGACCAUAACUCAACCACAUAUUCGAGUGACUGAAUACACAGUCGGUGACAAUGGUGAAGAGGCUAUGCCAGCAGUUUUACCACCUUUUACAGGUUAUACCUACGCCAUGGAACUCAGUAUGGAUGAAGCUACUGUCAAUGGUACAACUGAUAUAUUUUUCAAUCAAACUGUCUAUUACUAUGUAGAAAAUUAUCUUGGAUUUCCAGUUGGCUCAGCCGUCCCCACAGGGUUUUAUAAUCGUACAUUGGGUGAAUGGGUUGCGUCGGAAAACGGAAUCGUCAUUGAAGUUCUUCCGUCUACUGACGCGAACAAAGCAGAUGUUGACGUCUCAGGAAAUGGCAUUGCAGCAUCAGAGGAGGAACUCAACGCACUUGGUUUCAAUGACCAGGAACUCCUAAAGCUUAAAGCCAUGUAUUCUCCUGGCCAGGCUCUAUGGCGUGUACCAGUUCCACAUUUCACUCCUUGGGAUUGCAACUGGCCGUAUGGACCCCCAGACUGUGGGUGUACACCGAGCGAAUGUGAUCCUCAAAAACCACCACCCAAAGAUGACUGUGAAGAAGGCUCGUCUACUCCACCAUCAGAGCCACCACCUCCACCCCAACCAUGUCCAGAGGGUGGUUCAGGUAGUGGCCCAGGUAGUGGUGGUCCAGGUAGUGGUGGUCCAGGUACCGGCACAGGUCCAGGUACUGGAACAGGUCCCGGAACAAGUACUGGUCCAGGAACUGGAUCAGGCACAGGAAGUGGUCCCGGAACUGGUCCGGGUACUGACAACCCACCACAGGUUCCACGCAUACCCGAGAUACCAUCCACUCCAAAUGUUCCACCAGUGCCCGGUAUCCCUCCCUCCCCAGGACUACCACCAUCACCAGGGGUUCCCCUUCCAGGUAUUCCACUGACAGUACCAAACAGUUGGAUAAUCCACUAUCCAAGCAUACCUAUUACAGCGAAUCCCGGAAACUACGGUCCAGAAAUCCCGUGGACAAAUGAUACAGAUACUAACUCUGUAUAUAGAUUUAAGAGAGAGACGCCAGAAAGCGUUUGGGAACCAGAAGGAAGUGUAGACAUACCAAACCUUAGUCAGAAUCCAGGCACAAUGUCUAUCACGAUACCUGGAACAUCACUGCAGUUGGUUUAUAAUCACAACAGACAACGAGGUUAUUCCUCCGUUAUCAAAGUACCACUUACAGGAAACAAUGUACCUGAUAUAAUGAAACAAGUUAAAUUAGAAGUAUCGAUUGCUGGUAAAUCAUACACACGUACAGUGGAUCCAGCUCAGUAUGUGACCGAGUCUAUCCAGUGGGAUGGCACUGAUGGGUAUAACAGAGAUGUAAAGGGUACAACAAAGGCGAAAGUGAGAAUCGGUUACAAGUACGAGAUGGUCUAUUAUCCUGUGUCAACAGAGUUUCGUCAAAGUUUCAAUCGAUUUAGUCAAGCAAACACGAGAGCUGCCGUUCGACGCGGGGACAGAUCAGUGACGUAUUGGGAAGACCAUGAAAUAAACGUUGUUAGAGGCAUUGUAGGGGGAGAGAUUGGUGGAUGGUCUUUGGGAAUUCAUCAUAGUUAUGACGCCGUUUCAGGUACACUACACAUGGGUACUGGCGAGACUCUGAGCUAUACCGAUCAAAGUAAGAUACUAGAAACCGUUGCUGGGAGCAAUUCAAGGGCCCCACUGGAUUGUAAGGAAUGCGGAGAAGGUGACACUACAUCCACGCAAUUCAGACUUCCAAUAGCUACAGCUACUUCUCCUGACGGCAGUGUUUACAUAGGUGACUAUAACUUCAUCAGAAAAAUAUGGAUGAAUGGUACAGUGACAACGAUUAUGCAGUUACCGAAUAAUCGUCCAGCAUAUCGGUAUUAUUUGGCCGCUAGUCGUCGUGAUGGCACCCUCUAUUUAUCAGACAGUGCAAGACGACAAGUUUUCCGCAUAGAUCCCGAGACUGGCGAGGAGAGUGUGUUUGCCGGCACCGGUGAGCGUUGCCCUCCGUGGGAGAAUGGGUGUGGUGAUGGCGGCUUAGCAGUUAAUGCCAAACUCACAACUCCAAAAGGGAUCGCUGUUGGUAAAGAUGGCGACGUCUUUCUGGUAGAUAAUCGACGAAUACGUCAAAUAGGAAAUGAUGGAAUUAUUGAGGCACAUAUUGGGACGAACCUGAUUGGUCAAGUUGAACCGCUGCGGUCACGUGAUAUAUAUGACGCGCCAAUGAAAGAGAUCAGCUUCACCUGGCCAACUUACAUAGCAGUACAUCCCGUAGAUGAUACACUGUAUAUCGUUGAUGGCGAUGUUGUAUUCAAACAGAACAGACAGGGACAAGUAAAACCGGUUGCUGGUCGUACUCCUGUUACACCUCCUCUUUACCCAAUAAGUGACGACCCAGAAUCGGAUAGUGCUUUAGACACGAAGCUCAUUUCGCCACAGGCCAUCGCUGUAUCUCCGUCUGGUGGAAUAUUCAUUAGUGAAACAGACUAUCAUUAUAUAAACAGAAUACGAUUGGUUGGCCAACGCGGUGGUAUUAAUACAUUUGCAGGCAGGCGUCCCGAUUGUGACUGCGCACAAAGUAGUUGUUCUUGCCUUCACGACGGCCUUGCCCCUGCAAGCUUAAUGAAUGCUCCGACUGAUAUCGCAUUGACGCCAAAAGGCGUCUUAUACAUCGCUGAUCAAGGUAAUUACCGAGUGCGAAGCGUGAAAACAAAGGCUCCUUCGAGCGUAGGGAGCGGAAGUUACGUCAUUCCAGGCCCGAAUCCGAGCGAGGUAUUCAUAUUUAAUCGUCGAGGUCAACAUCUCAGAACCUUUGAUCUCAAAAGAAACCGAAUACUGUACGAAUUCCACUAUAAUGACGACGACUCUAUAAAGGCUGUGUCUGAUAGCUUCAACAACACUCUGGAUAUAGAAAGAUCCUCGGACGGUAAAGUACACGCCAUUAUAGCAGCUAAUGGAGAAAGGACCGUAAUUGGAAAGAACGAAGAAGGCAUGAUGAAUUACUUAUCUGAUCCAAGUAAUGGAGCAACUAGGUUUGAAUAUCAAAAUGGCGGACUGCUUCGGGGAACAUUUACUCCACAAGGAUACAAUCAGUACUUAGCGUAUGAUGAAAGUGGACGUGUGUUUGCUCAGUACGACAAUCUGGGUCGACGUGAACUUUAUGGUAACUUUCAAGGUACUACUUCGUCAACAAAAACGACUUACAGUUCUAUGAAUCGAAAGCAAAGUAUUGAGACAGAGGUUUUAUCCGGACAAGUGAGACAGAUAUUUAAGACAGUCAACGGCAUUGCCAAGGAAAUUCUCAGUAACUUGCAGGAUGGUUCUUCUGUAACUACAUCUGCUGAUGGAACAAAGGUCACUAAAAUCAAAUCACCUCAUCCAGUAUGGGGUACACAGAUAUCUCAAGUGGCAUCAACUAAGACAACAUUACCAUCGGGCCUUGAGAAGCGUUUGGAUGUCGAUCACUUUGCCUCACAGCUAGAUCCAGAUGACCCGCUGUCUGUGAUGACAAUGGGCAAACACAUUAAGAUAAAUGGGGAGGAAAUUUCGACAUCUGAAUACAGGCGAGCCGACAGAACGUCGACCAUUACUGUGGGAAACGAUGUAAUACGGAGAUCUGUAAACGACGUGUAUGGUAGGGAGAUAAUAAUACAGAGACCGUCUAUGGGCCUAGCUGAUAUAGUAUUGCAAUAUAAUGGAACUUCGUCUGAAGUGAAAGUAAAAGUGGUGGAUGAUCUAUGGCAAACCUAUGAAUAUCUUUCAAAGCUGGUUUUACCAAGUGGUCGGACCUAUGAACUUCGAUAUGACGACCAGGGUAAUCUGGCCAGCAUCGCAAUGCCGAGUGGAUCUGAACAUUUUCUGCGCACGCGCAUACGUCCAAGAGCGCGAGACGAAAUUUACCGAUCACCGUUGUCAUUACAUUCAAGUUUCAUGUCGACUUAUAAUUUGGACGGUGAUUUGAUACAAACACUUUACCCAACAACUGGUGACGUGUCACACUGGUAUGAUGACGCGUACAGACCAACAGCGGUAUAUUUUAAUGACGUAUACAUUGAAUUUGAAUACAAGGACAACAGCGACCGUGUGACGUCAAUGAACAGAUACGACAAGUCAAUCAAACAGACAGUGGUGAAAUACGAGUAUGAUGGAUUUCUACCAACGAGUGACACGAUGAUUGAUUCCGAUGAGGUCAUCAGUAAAUUUCAGUAUACUUACAACAGUGAAUUUUUAUUGGAAAAAAUUGAUGCCUUUGUUUAUGGUAGAACAACGACUCUGCAAAUUCAAUAUGAUCGAUUUGGUGACUAUACCAAGUACGGGUCAUUUAAUGUAGCAAAGGUAUCACCAAUGACCGAACAGAUUACUGAUUCGACGAUUUCGUGUGACUAUUCGCAUGACCAACAUGGCCGGCCAGCAGAGUUCAAGUGCCAGUUUGCGGAAAAUGCAAAUUUUGACGUUUUCCGAUAUAAGUUGCAUUACAACAAUGACUCCUUAAUCACUGAAAGAAUAUACACGAUUUUUAUCAAAGGUGAACAUGUAGAGAACAGGAAUACGUACGUAUAUGAUGUUGACGGCCAGCUAUCCGCUGUCAAACAAAAUGGCAUGCUACUGGAAAGCUACGAGUAUGACAUAAAUGGUAAUCGGGUAGAAUGGGGUGGAAUUGGCGAUGAACCACAACACAGCGCCAUCUACGAUGAAGCUGACAUCAUUAAACAACAUGAUACUAUCGCUUACGUUUUUAGUGAUGAUGGGUUUCUAAAUCGUAAAGGAUCUACCGUUUUCACGUACAAUGCAAGAGGUGAACUUGAAAGAGCAUUCACACCUGGUUCAUUUGAUAGAAGAUACAAGUACGAUGCACUCAGUCGACGAAUUCAAAUGACGGAUGUGGAAAGUGGGGACAGCGCCCGCUACGUUUAUGGGAAUCCUGGCAACGUUUUACAGGUUACUCAUGUUAUACACGGAGAGGAUGACACACUUGUUACUCUAUAUUAUAACCAACUGGGUCACUUAUUUUCCAUGGUAACAGAUGAUGUAACAUAUUACGUCAUGUGUGAUCACUUAGGUACUCCUUUAGUUGUGGUUGACUCAAGCGGAAGACUACACAAGUUAAUUCGGCGCGAUGCGUAUGGUGCAAUUCUGUUUGAUUCUAACCCGGACUUCUUUCUUCCCAUUGGCUAUGCAGGGGGUAUUUAUGAUCACAUGACGCAGCUGACUAGGUUCCAUUAUCGUGAUUACGACGCUACCAUUGGUAGAUGGACUGCACGUGACCCUAGUUUCUACAGCAGCCAACAACCUAAUCUGUAUCAGUAUGUGUUUAAUGACCCAAUAAAUCUACGCGAUCCACUUGGUUUGGCAUGCAUUGGAGCAAGUUUUUAUAAUGGUUGGGGUGGCGGAGCCGAAUUCUGUUUCGACCACACUGGUGCCUCAGUGUGUGUUGAAGGGGGUGCCGGUGUCGGUGGCUUCUCGCAUGAGCUGAAUUCUGGAGGACCGAAGAAGGGCCUGAGUGUUGGAGUGUUUGCCGAAGGAGGUAUCAGUAUCCCUGGGGUGAUGAGUCAUUCAUUUGGUGGCAGUUAUGAUUUAAUCAACCCGAUCGACUGGGAUGAAGGAAAGAUUAACCCGUGCAUGAAGACAGACUGGGAUGUCAAUUAUAAACGGAGCUACGGCCCAACAAGUGUUAAAUGUGGCACCGGUGGGUGCGAUGUGGGCACAGCCCUUAAACCCGAAGGGGUUUCUAAAAACCCCAAAUUACAAAAAGGGUUCAAAGCGGGAGCAAAAGUGUGUUAUGGCCGAUAA